AUGUUUCGCGCGCAACAAAAUGCCUUUGACGAGGUCGUCGCUAAGGCGACCGACGAGAAUCUUACCUCGGAAAAUUGGGAAUACAUUAUGGAUGUUUGCGACAAAGUAACCGGUGAAGAUAGCGGUGCUAAGGAUGCCGUUGCAAGCAUGAUAAAGAGGUUGGCGCAUCGAAAUGCCAACGUGCAAUUAUAUACUUUAGAGCUUGCCAAUGCUCUAAGUCAAAAUUGCGGAGCGAAAAUGCACAGAGAGUUGGCUUCGAGAGCAUUCACGGAUGCACUACUGAGACUGGCGAACGAUAGAAACACACAUCAACAAGUCAAGGCAAAGAUUCUGGAACGGAUGGCUGAAUGGGCAGGAAUGUUUAAAGACCCUGAUUUGGGGAUUAUGAAUGAUCAGUACCACCGCUUGAAGAGCCAGAAUCCCAAUUUACAUCCGCCUUCUGCCCCAUCAAAGAAUCGACUCACGGAUCUGGAUCGUCAGAAGGAAGAAGAUGAAUUACAGAUGGCAUUAAAAUUAUCCAUUCAAGACAAAAGUAGUCAGCCAAAACCUGCACAACCAUCCAAUUCAUCCGCAGGUCCGGCACAAUCGCAACAAGCUGCACAGCCACAACAAGUACCAUCUGGGACCACCGCGGCUACUGUCUCAAGAGUGAGAGCACUUCACAAUUUCCAACCUACAGAUGCAGAUGAGUUACAAUUUCGAAAGGGUGAUAUCAUUACAGUUGUAGGAUCGGUAUAUAAGGAUUGGUGGAGGGGCUCUCUACGAGGGAAGACUGGUAUCUUCCCAUUGAAUUAUGUCGAGAAAUUGGUCGAUCCCACACCGGAAGAAUUACAGCGAGAAGCGCAAAUGGAGGCCGAGGUUUUUGCGGAAAUCAAGAAUGUCGAGAAGCUACUUACAUUAUUGAGUACUUCAUCAUCUCAAUUAGAUGCCCGUGAUAAUGAGGAAAUUACAAAACUUUACCAUUCUACUCUUGCAAUUAGGCCAAAGCUUAUUGAGCUUAUUGGAAAGUACUCUCAGAGAAAAGACGAUUUCACACAACUCAAUGAGAGAUUCAUUAAAUCAUGUCGUGAUUAUGAAAGUUUACUGGAUGCCUCUAUGACACAGGCACAACCCUAUCAGUAUGGUCGACCUGGGCAAGUACCUCAAGGUCCACAAGGUUAUGGGUACCCUCCUCAAGCCGCAAGACCACAACAAGAGCCACAGCGAUAUUAUACACCAUCUCAGUCAGAACCUCCAUAUCAGCCGCAACCAUCUCCAUCUAACGGUUAUCCUCCUCAACGUAAUGGACCGGCCCCUUUUUACGUUGUAGCUCCAGGUCAACAACCUCCACAGUCAGAGAGUCAUCAGCCAUAUCCUAACCAACAGCCUACACAAUCAGAGAGCUAUCUACCAUAUCCCGGCCAGCAACCUCCACAAUCAGAGAGUCAACAGCCAUACCCCCAAAGGGAUCCUACUCCUCGUAUUCCAUCAGGCUCACAACCACCCCCGCUUGAAACUAGCAGUCCUCCCCCAACUCAAUACCCAACCCAACAACCACAAACUGGUCACCGCCCCCAAAGUACAUAUUCUAACCCACAAGAACUUGCAACUUCUGUCUAUGAUUCUCCCGUUCAACAACAAAAUCCUCAUCCGUAUACUGCAUACGCUGAGACAGACCCAUAUACAGCCACACCAGCCCCAUCUCAACCGCCUCAACAAUACAAUGCUUAUAAACCUCCUCAACAACCAUCACAACCUCCUCAGCCAUCUUAUGAACCACCAGCGCCUCCGGGUUCGUUGCCAAGUCCAGUUCAAGGGAGCUCAUAUCCGGUAUUAGGGGAUGCGAGGUCAACGUUGCCUAGCCAGGGGCAAUAUAAGGCGUAUCAGAGACCGGAUAGUAGUGAUAGUAAUCAAGGACCGAGUCAAGGGUUAGCUAAUGCACCUAGUGCGCCACCUGGGGGUGCAUCUAAUCCGGCGGAUUUUUAUAGGCAAAGUGCUGCUUAUUAG